AUGGCCAGCAAAUUUGCCCAAAAUGCCCACCGAUCAGAAUCGAACAUAUACAAUAACGAGGUACUCCGGAUUGUGAUGGUGGGGAAGACCGGAGCUGGGAAGAGUGCCACAGGAAACACCAUUCUGGGAAAAGAGUCCUUUAAAUCAGAUUUCUCUUUUAAAUCUUUGACUGUAAAUUGUUCUAAUGCCUUUGGUGAAGUUGAUGGACAAAGAGUUAAGGUUAUUGACACUCCUGGGUUGUUUGACACCAAGGUUGAUGAAAAGAAAACCAGAAAAUAUGUUGGUAAGAGCGUUUCUUAUGCUUCUCCUGGACCCCAUGUCUUCCUGGUCAUCAUCAAACUGGUCAGAUUCACAGAUGAAGAAAAGCAGACAGUGCAGAAGAUUCAAGAAAUCUUUGGAAAAGAUGCAGACAGAUACAGCAUGAUUCUCUUUACCCACGGUGAUGUGCUCAAAGGGAAACCUAUCGAAGAGUUCUUGGAGAAAAGCGAAGAGCUGCGGGAACUGGUGGUCAGAUGUAAAGGGCAGUACCACAUCUUCAAUAAUGAGGGGGAGGAUCGUUCUCAAGUCAGAGAGCUGCUCGACAAGAUCAGAAAUAUAGCAGGGAAGAACGGAGGAAGCCAUUACACCACUGAAAUGUUCCAGAAGGCAGAGAGGGCCAUAGAAGAGGAGAAACAGAGAAUCCUUAAAGAGAGAGAAGAGGAAAUACGCAAACAGGAAGAGGAAAUGGAAAAGAGAUUAGCUAAAAAGCAUGAGGAACAAUUUAAGAAAAUCAAAGAGGAUGGUGAGAGGGAAGAGGAGGAAAGGCUAAAAGCAGCUAGCAAAAGAGAAAUGGAGGAGGAAAGGAGGCAAAUAAGAGAAGAGGAGGAAAGGAAGGCCAGGAAAGGUGCUGAGGACAGCCCUUCAACACUUGGCAAAAUGUGGUCCGCUGUGGAAAAAGGUGUGACUUCUGUGGUAGAAGGUGUGACCGCUGUGGCACAAGGCUCCGCCCUCUACUGGACUCUAUGGGUGCUUCCCUUUGAUCAUAUCAUGCAAGCAUUCAUCCACUGA